AUGCUCCACGUGGAUAAAGUUGAUAGUUUUCUGACUGAGAAGUUGAAAAUAUCAGCUUCAGGGUUGACCCCAUUUUCGAACUAUAAACUUGAGUUGAGAUUACACUCGGACAAUGGAAUUUUACGUUCAUACUGUAUCUUAAAGUCUGAUGAACAUGGAAAAAUUGAUCUACCAUCUGCAAAGCCAAUCAGAGGGACGUAUCUAGAUGCUGACCCAAUGGGAUUAUUUCUGACAUUGGAGAGAACAGAUGAUGUUCCAUUCGGUGAUAUGGUUAGAAAUCCAGAUGCAGUACCAUUUUUCUAUACAUUGAGACUGCUCUCCGAAUCUGAAAAACUUCUUGAUGAAGUGAAUCUCAAAAAACGAUGGCUUCACCCAUCUGUGACUGAAAUCGAAGUCAAGCAAGAUGGGAUUUGGGGUUUCAUUUUCAAACCACCUGGUCCUGGACCCUUCCCUUGUAUCAUAGACAUUCCGGUACUUUCCGGAAAAAUUUUCAAGGUUCAUGCUCCACUUUUUGCUGCGGAAGGAUUCCUCAGCUUCUGUUUUCCCAUGUUUGAUGAGCCAGGACUUCCACCAAGAAUGCGAGAAGUGGAUAUAGAAUAUUUAUCGAAGCACUUCAAGUACGUAGAAAAUCUGCCCUACUGCUCUGACAAAAUCGGAUUUUAUGGAAUUUCGUUUGCUGGAGCUAUUGCUCAUCAUCUGGCUACCAAGCAUCCGGAGAUUUCUGCAGUUGCAACUACCAAUGGUCCAGAAGCGUUCUAUAAAGAAAAAGGGUACAUGAGAGAAAAUGGGAAAGCGAUGGAGUGUGAAACUUUGAAUGAUUCGUUGUCGACUAUGCCAAAUGGAGUUCUAAGACAACGGAAAUCGUUUCUGGACCUUUUCAGUCGUUUGAAACCGGAGACAAGCAUCCAAUGGGAUCAGAUACCCAGACAUAUUCCGUUUAGGAUACUGGCUGCAAUGGACGACUGGAUCAUUGACGGAAUUAGUAACGGAUCUCAUAUCCGAGACUGCUUACUCAAAACUGGACACAAAGUUGAAGUUGAGUUUGCAAAUUCUGGCCACGUGACAGUAGUCCCAUAUAUGCCACACCCUCCAUUUGCGUAUAACAAAUUUGUCAACGUAAUUCUGGGAUUCGGUGGAGAGACAGCAAUACAUUCCAAGACUCAAGAAACCGCAUGGCUCAAUCAUAUCAAAUUUUUCAAAAAACAUUUGGGAACCCCAAAACAUUUACCGGAUUAUAAGAGGGAUACACAUAUCGUGAUACCUGGGAAAGCCGGAAGCAAGAUAUAA